CCAUUUUCAUUUUCAGCAUCACCUGCGCUCUCCUGAUAUAUAACGUCCCCCUUUCUCUUAUCCCGGAAUCAGCAAGCAAAGCUCCCUCCUUUUUUUCUCCUCAGUAUCGAUCAAAAUUCAUCCGAUGGCGUCUCGAAACGUCGUCGGAUUCAUCGGCCUCGAUGAUCUGAGCUUGAAGCUCGCUUCCUCCCUCAUCAAAUCGGGGUUCGGGGUUCAAGCAUUCGAGGUGGUGGAGUCUUCAGUGAUGCGAAGGUUUGUGGAGCUGGGUGGGAUUAGAUGUUCGAGUCCACUGGAGGCAGUAAAAGAUGCUGCAACUGUCAUUCUGGUGGUUUCUGAAGAGGAAAAUACUGACAAUUUGUUUUCAAAGGAGAGUUUAGCUGAAGGGUUGCAUAAGGAUGCAGUCCUGGUCCUUCAAUCAGCAUUGUCGCUCGGGCUCGUUAUUAAGCUAGAUAAACUUUUGAGAGAAAAGAUUGGAGUUGCUUCCAUAGUUGAUGCACACGUCUUUGAGGGAUUUUCUCAGGAUUCAAAAGAAGAGAUUAUUGUUAUUGCAUCUGGAAGGCAAGAAUCCAUGCAAAAGGUCCAACCUGUUCUCUCUGCAAUGAGCGAAAAUGUGUACAUAUUUGUUGGUGAUAUUGGUGCCGGAAGCAAAAUUAAAAUGGUCAAUGAUCUGCUGGAGGGUAUUCAUUUUGUUGCUUCUGUUGAAGCAAUGUUCCUGGGUGUUAGAUUUGGCAUUCACCCAACGAUUCUCUAUGAUAUACUUUCAAAUGCUGCCGGAAGUUCAAGGACCUUUGUGGAUAUCAUCCCCAAGUUAUUGACUGGGGAUCAAACUUUGACAAAAUGCGUAGAUGCUUUGGUUCAAAAUGCGGGCCUUGUAUUGGGUGUUGCCAAAUCCCUCCCGUUUCCUCUUCCACUUCUAGCCAUGGCAUACCAGCAACUAAUAUAUGGUGCUUCACGAAAAUGUAGGAAUGACACUUCUCCUGCACCAUUGAAGGUUUGGGAAGAAACAUUUGGAGUAAAUAUCAGAGAGGCAGCCAAGCAGAAGCCCUAUGAUCCUGGGAAUCUGGCAUAUCAACUUAGUUUGGCAUCAAAUGUUGUAAAGAAAAUUGGUUUCAUAGGUCUAGGAGCUAUGGGUUUUGGCAUGGCAGCUCACUUGCUAAGAUCAGGCUUUACUGUUGUCUCAUAUGAUGUUUACAAACCAACACUAAAAAGGUUUGCUGAUUUGGGAGGCAUAGUGGAGGCUUCUCCUAGAGAAGUAUCAAAAGAUGUACAAGUUCUCAUAAUAAUGGUUACAAAUGAAGUCCAGGCUGAAAGUGUUCUUUACGGAGAUGCUGGCUCGGUAUCAGACCUACCAGGUGGAGCAACAAUAAUUCUUUCCUCUACUGUCUCCCCUGGGUUUAUUAUUCGUCUUGAGCAGAGGUUAAAGGAUGAACAGAGGGGUUUCAAGUUAGUGGAUGCACCAGUGUCUGGUGGUGUUAAAAGGGCAGCAGACGGAACACUUACAAUAAUGGGCUUCCAGGCGGACAGCACUGAAGCUCUUGGCGAUACAGGAUCCGUUCUCUCUGCAUUAAGUGAGAAGCUCUAUAUCAUAAAAGGUGGCUGUGGUGCUGCAAGUUCUGUAAAGACUGUAAAUCAGUUGCUUGCUGGAGUUCAUAUAGCAGCAGCAGCUGAGGGAAUGGCUCUAGGGGCUCGAUUUGGUUUAAACACCAGGAUGCUUUUUGAUAUUGUUAAUCAUACUAGGGGCUAUUCAUGGAUGUUUGGGAAUCGUGUACCUCACAUGUUAGACAGUGAUUACACGCCAUAUUCUGCAGUUGAUAUCUUUGUAAAAGAUCUGGGUAUUGUAUGUACCGAAGGCUUCCACCUUAAGAUGCCACUUCAUAUAUCAAGUACCGCACAUCAGCUAUUUAUAUCAGGUUCUGCUUCUGGUUGGGGUCGAUCUGAUGAUGCUGCUGUAGUGAAGGUCUAUGAGAAACUAACUGGUGUUAAAGUUGAAGGGAAACUUCCUGCUCUUAUUAAAGAGGAUGCCUUAAGGUCUCUUCCACCUGAAUGGCCAGAGGAUCCAAUUGAAGAAAUUCAUGCUCUAGAGAGACAAAAUGGUUCGAAAGUCCUGGUAGUUUUGGAUGAUGACCCCACAGGAACUCAAACUGUACAUGACAUAGAAGUUUUAACUGAAUGGAAUGUUAACACGCUAGUGGAGCAGUUGAGCAAAAGAUCUACCUGUUUUUUCAUUUUAACUAAUUCCAGAUCACUCAGCACAGAGAAGGCUGUCCUAUUGACGAAAGAAAUUUGUAGGAACCUUGACACUGCAGCUAAAGCAGUUAAUGGAAUUAGUUACACAAUAGUUCUAAGAGGUGAUUCAACACUCCGUGGACACUUUCCAGAGGAGGCAGAUGCUGCUAUCUCGAUUUUGGGGGAGAUGGAUGCAUGGAUUGUUUGUCCCUUCUUUCUUCAGGGAGGACGUUAUACUAUUGAUGAUAUCCACUAUGUUGCAGAUUCUGAUAGGCUUGUUCCUGCUGGAGAGACUGAGUUCGCUAAAGAUGCGGCCUUCGGUUACAAAUCCUCAAAUCUCAGAGAGUGGGUGGAAGAAAAAACUAAAGGGAAGGUUUCAGCCAGAAAUGUUGCCUCAAUUUCUAUUCAACUCUUGCGUACAGGUGGGCCAGGUGCUGUUUGCGAACAUCUUUGCAAUCUACAAAAGGGUUCCCUAUGUAUUGUCAAUGCCGCAAGUGAAAGAGACGUCGCCGUAUUUGCAGCUGGAAUGAUCCAGGCAGAAGUGAAAGGAAGGAGUUUUCUAUGUCGCACUGCAGCCAGUUUUGUAUCUGCUCGUAUUGGAAUAAGACCAAAGGCUCCCAUAUCUCCAAGAGACUUAGGAAUAAGCAAAGGUAUAAGUGGAGGCCUCAUUGUUGUGGGUUCAUACGUCCCAAAGACUACAAAGCAGGUUGAAGAGCUUAAAUCACGCAUGGGCCCUAACAUGAACUGUUUAGAGGUGUCUGUGGAAAAACUUUCCAUGAAGUCACUUGAAGAGAGAGAAGAAGAGAUCAAUUGCUCUGCAGAAAUUGUGAAUGCUUCUAUAGGAGCACACAAGGAUACUCUCCUGGUUACAAGCCGGCAACUCGUCACUGGAAAAUCUGCUUCAGAGAGCUUAGAAAUUAACUACAAGGUCAGCUCUGCCUUGGUGGAAAUUGUCAGAAGGAUAAGUGCUCGACCCCGUUAUAUCCUUGCCAAGGGAGGAAUCACUUCAUCUGAUAUUGCUACAAAAGCCUUAGAAGCUAAGCGUGCGAUGGUUAUUGGACAAGCACUGGCUGGAAUCCCAUUAUGGCAGCUUGGUCCAGAAAGCAGACUCCCCGGGGUCCCUUAUAUUGUUUUCCCAGGUAAUGUUGGCAAUAACAAUGCUCUGGCAGAAGUUGUAAAUAAUUGGGCUUGCGGCCUUAAAACAUCAAUAAAAGAACUUCUUCUUAAUGCGGAGAAGGGCGGAUAUGCUGUGGGUGCCUUCAAUGUUUACAACCUUGAAGGAGUUGAAGCAGUUGUUGCUGCUGCAGAAGCUGAAAAGAGUCCUGCUAUUUUGCAGGUUCAUCCAGGAGCUCUGAAGCAAGGAGGUUUUCCGUUAGUUGCAUGCUGCAUUUCGGCUGCUGAACAUGCCAGAGUACCAGUUGGUGUUCAUUUUGAUCAUGGAACUUCCAAAUCUGAACUUCUAGAGGCGCUUGAGUUGGGAUUUGAUUCGGUUAUGGUUGAUGGUUCUCAUCUUCCUCUGAAAGAAAAUAUCUCAUACACAAAGUACAUAUCGGUUUUGGCACACUCAAAGAAGAUGCUAGUAGAAGCUGAACUUGGGCGACUCUCAGGCACGGAAGAUGACCUAACAGUCGAAGAUUAUGAAUCUAGACUAACUGUUGUUGCUCAGGCCCAAGAAUUUAUAGAUGAGACAGGCAUUGAUGCUUUAGCAGUGUGCAUUGGAAAUGUACAUGGAAAAUAUCCUGCCAGUGGUCCUAAUCUCAGACUUGACUUACUGAAGGAUCUCCGAGAAUUAACUCAGAACAAAGGAGUAAGUUUAGUUCUCCAUGGAGCAUCUGGUCUUCCCAGUGAGCUUGUAAAGGAGUGCAUACGGCUUGGAGUUAGGAAGUUCAAUGUGAACACAGAAGUUCGGAAUGCUUACUUAGAAUCUCUGAAGCAGCCCGGCAAAGAUUUGGUUCAUGUGAUGGCUGCAGCUAAAGAGGCAAUGAAAGCAGUGGUUGUAGAGAAAAUGCAACUUUUUGGUUCAGUUGGAAAAGCUUAGUGUCUCAUCCAAGAGAAUGGACAUCUUUCUUCUCCUACUGCACAAUGUAUGAUGUAGUUAAUUACAAAACCAGGGACAUGUUAUCGUUAUCCCAUUGGAAUAUCGUUUCCUGUAAUAAAAUCUCGUUCUCAUAAUCUCUUUUAUUUCUGUUUUUUUUUUCUGACACCAAAGGAAAUUGGGCUUCACCAUAUUGAAUGAGUAUAUUUGCCAGAAAUCUGAAACAUCA